AUGUCUGACGCUGGACGCAAGGACUUCUCCACCAAGGCCAAGGAGGAAAUCACUCCUGACUCCACCAAGUCCACCCAGGACAAGGUCAAGGAGACUGUCACCGACACCAGCGAUCGUGUUGCCCGUGGCUUCCAGACCGAUGACAGCAAGGGUGCUGGCCAGGAGGUCUUCGACAAGACCCAGCGUUCCCACGACAACAACGCUCACGGUGGUGCCUCUGGCUCCGUUGUCGACAAGGCUAAGAACCUCGUUGGCCUCGGCAACAAGUAA